CUCUCUGCAAAUUUCUUCUUCUCACUCUCUCUUAAUUAAACGCUUGAUUCCCUCUGUAAACCCUAAUUUUUGCCCCCUGAUCUCAGAUUCCACUCAUUCUCGGUUCUUCAUCAUUCUUUCAUACGAAUCUCGUUUCUGAUUCCGUCAACCAUCUGUUUGGUGUUCUUCAUUUGGUGUUUGUUUUUCGUUAAUACAGAUUGAAAACCCUAAAAUUUGAAGAUCUUGUUUGUUUCGAUCUUAAAAAGAAGAUUUAAUACGAUGGCGAAUAAUGAUAAGUUUGAUUUACCAGAAGAUCUCCUUUCUUUGAAAUCUUCUGAUUUACCUUGGGCUUCUUCUUCUAAAGAAAUUUCAGGUGGACAUUAUGACGAAAAGGGGAUGAUGGCAUUUCUGGAUGAGACAAAAGAUCAGGGGACACUGGAUAACGUCAUACCAUUAUCUCCCCAAUGGCUUCAUGCUAAAACAAGCGAAACUAAGACAGGAAUAUCUGGCAUGCCAGGGGAAAUAAGGGCCACAAACCCCAUGUCUCAUGGUAACUCAAUAGAUUCGGUUCUGAAAGAAGGUUGGCGUCUGGAUGGGUCUCAGGACAAGAAGGACUGGAGAAGAAACGCACCUGACGCUGAUAAUAGUCUCCGGUGGCGUGAAGAAGAGAGAGAAACUGGAUUACUAGGUAGAAGAGAUCGUAGAAAAGAAGAUCGACGUCCUGACAAUGGCUCCAGUAGAGAAACUGCUGAUACUCGAGUUUUGCCUUCCCCUGAUAGGUGGCUUGAUGCUGGUAAUCGUAAUUCUGGGCAGGAAACACGACGAGAUGGGAAAUGGUCUUCAAGAUGGGGACCUGAAGAUAAAGAGAAGGAUUCUCGCACUGAUAAAAGGUUGGAUGUGGAGAGAGAAGACACCCAGAAUGAAAAACAGUUGCUUGGCAGCAGUCGUGCAACUCCAGACCGUGAAAUAGAAUCUCGUGAUAAAUGGAGGCCACGCCAUCGACUGGAAGUUCAUUCUGCUGGGUCUUCAGUUUAUCGUGCUGCACCUGGAUUUGGGCUUGAGAGAGGAAAGGUGGAGGGUUCAAAAGUAGGAUUUGCUCCUGGUCGUGGGAGGUCCAGCAUUAUUGGCAGGCCUUCGUCUGCUUGUCCAAUUGGUGCUCCCCCUGCAGAUACACAUGGAAAAUCGGGCGUGCCCGGGGUAUCAUUUCACUACCCUAGAGGAAAGCUUCUUGAUAUUUAUCGGAAACAAAAGCCUACAUCUAACGAUAUUCCUGAUGGGUUAAAAGAAGUGUCUUCAAUGGGGCAAUCAGGCUUAGUUGAGCCGUUGGCGUUUGUUGCACCUAGUAUCGAAGAAGGGGCUGUUCUCAAUGAUAUUUGGAAUGGGAAAAUUACAGGCAGUGGAGUGUUUUCAGAUUCAUCUAGGGACAAGAUGACCAGCGAAGGUGUCACAGGGGAUCCUUAUCUUAAAGAAGGAGAGUAUAGUUUUUCUGCCGAAGUUGGUAAGAUAGACCAGAGUGAUGGUUUGACAACAACAUUUCUGAAGGUCGAUGAUGCCAGCAAUGUAAGACAGCUUGACAGAAGUCAUCACAAUGACGUGCAAUCGAGAGUGUCUGCAUGUAUUAAGCAUGUUACAUCCGAAGAUUUUGAGUCUUCUGAUUCCUUGAAUGUUGGCACAAAAUUACCCGAUGAACCUACUUCUUUAAUUAAUCUUCCAAUUUUCCAGAAUUCUGAUAGCAACAAUAUUAAGAAUGGAGAACCAAAUGUAUUAGAAAGGGGUCCCUCACCUGAGGGGAUGAGUUUGUACUACAGGGAUCCUCAAGGGGAGACUCAGGGCCCAUUUUUAGGUGCUGACAUCAUUUCAUGGUUUGAUCAAGGCUUUUUUGGGCCUGAUUUACUGGUUUGUCCGGCAGAUGCUCCAGAAGGAACACCUUUUCAAGAACUUGGAGAGGUCAUGCCACAACUGAAACUUAAGCCAUGGUCUGACUCAGCUACCACCCCUUUCUCCAGUGUAGAACCAUGUGAUGCUGUUGGCAGCUUUGAUCAACCUGCACCCACCAUGGUUCCUGACUUUAUGGGUCUAACUGUUUCUGGUGAUCAGAAUUGGGGAACAUCAGAGUUCAAUAAUCUUUCAGCUGCCCAGAUGCAUUCUUUAAUUUCAAAAAGUGAAGAUCCAGUGGAACCUCAUUACUCUGAGGUUGAACGCUUUCAUGAAUUCAUCGCUCAAAAUGAAGAAUCUAUGCUAUCUGGAAGAUCUGAUUGUAGCAGUGAGAUUCCUGUUGGGGAGCCUUCUGGUACCGUCCAUGAUAACUUGACAAGUUUUACCAGCCAUCCUUUCCUUUCAAAUGAUAAUCAGUUGCAUAACCGAACAGGAAGACCUGAAUUGGCAGAACCCAACAUGCCACAACUCAAAGAUAAUCAGUUGCAUCCCUUUGGACUAACAUGGUCUGAGCUCGAAAGUGUUCCAUCUAGGCAUGUCCAGUCGUCUAGUAUGCUGUCUGGAAUAAGUGAUCAGGGCCAUUUUAUAAACCCUACAGCUGGAAGGGAUGUCUCUCUUCCCAUUCACAGGCAGAGCUCCUUUGGAGCAGUAUCCGAUUCCCCCCACGGUGGGGAGGCGUGGGGUGAUAGUUACAGAAGGAAUUUACUUUCAAAUACUAACCCGCUCCUAGAUUACUCAGAUGCUCGCCACUUGUCUCGCUUGGAACAAGACAACAACCACUUUCUGACAGAGCAGUUGAUGGCGCAACAGUUGCAGCAGCAAAAUCAACACAAAAAUCUAAUGUCUUCACACUCUUCUCAGUAUCUGAAUGGAUCAUUUUUGGAGCAAUUACCUAGUUCUGCUAUGUCUGAGGGAAGAAUUCCUCUUCACCAUCAACAACAUAAUCCAGAUCUGGAACAUCUUAUGAAAUUUCGGUUUCAACGUCAGCGGCAGUAUCAGCUUCAGCAGCAACAAUUGCAGCAGCAGCAAAAACUGCAGCAACAACAACAGCUUCAGCAUCAGAUGCAAUUGCAGCAACAGCAGCAGCAACAGUCUAAAGUUCAACAGUAUGUUCUUGAACAGCUGCUGCAUCAGCAGCUGCAUGAUCCUGGUUUUGGGCAAUCACGGAUUGAUCACCAUAGAGGCAAUAACAUGCUAGAUCAGGCAUUACUGAGGCAACAACAUCUACAUGAGUUGCAGCAACAUCAUUCUUUAUCAUCUGCAACUGCCGAUCCUUCCUUGGAGCAGUUAAUCCAAGCCAAAUACGGACAGCGCAUACAACAGGAACAACAAAGUGAUAUUCUGGAGCUCCUAUCACGAGCAAAGCAUGGCCAGUUACAUCCUUUGGAACAUCAAGCUCUUCUUCAGCAAGAGCAGCUGCAUGCAAGGCAGAUCUCCAUGGCAUUAAGGCAGCAGAUGGGUUUGGAAGAAGAGAGGCAUGUGAGUGACAUUUGGCCAGCUGAUGAAUCUGCACAAUUUAUCAGGUCUGUUGCUGGCUCCCACCAGGCUCACUCUGCAGGGAUUGGUUCCUUGGAUCUUUACCAGCGGCAGCAGAGAUUUGCCGAGGAGCAAGCGAGCCUUCUUGAGAGAAACCGUGCUAUACAGGAACGGCUGCAGCGUAGGCCUUACGAGCCAAGCGCACUGCCGUUUGAAAGGUCAUCAUCUCUCCCUACUGGUGGUCCUGCUAUGAACCUUGAUGCUCUAAAUGCUUUCCCUCAUCCUCAAAUUCAGGACAUGCCGGACUGGCAUACCCAGGCGCAUGUUUCUGGUCAAGCGGGUUCAUUUUCGUCAGGAAUGCACUCUCAGCAGCCGCAAGUUCCUUCACAGUUUAAGGCCUCACAUCUGGAUGGAAUAGGGAGCCAGUGGUCUGAGAGUAAAGGACAUCAAGAUAAUAGGUGGAUAGAAGCUCGAAUUCAGAAACUGAAACUUGAAUCUGAGCAGUACAGAAGGCAAUUAGAAGUUAACAGCUUGCCAUCUGAGGAGCAAAGCUCCUGGGUACCAACAGGAGGGACUGACGAGAGCUCAAAGCAGGCUUCGUUUGAUGCACUCCAUCAGAAACUGGGUGUUCACUCUACUCAACCAUUACAAAUGGGCGAUGUGGUUCCUGCUUCAUCUUUCGAGAGAAGGGAUCCCUCUUGGCCCUUUCCCGGGUCCAGUUCAUCAGAGCAUGUAUUUAAUUUGUUCGGAGGUCAAGAAGAAGGCAAUUCUUUUGCAGAAGUACCUCAUGGCUCUGAUUCAACCAACUUAUUGCAGGAUCAGUUUAUACGCUUGGGCAUGGAUGAACAGUCUAGUUGUUUGGAAAGCAGUGAAAUUAAACUGCAUGAACAUAAUACUGGGAUAUUGCCCGAGGAAGAGCAUUUUGUUUCAGGCAUGAGUGAGAUUCCUCAGUCUACUCAAGCAGAUACCAACACUACUGAAACAUCAGAAGACAAAGACUUGACCGAUGAAAAGGAUGACAAAAAGGGAAAGAAGCGUGGCUCUAAAAACAAGGGUUCUACUAACAAAACCUCUCUAGAGUUACAGGAAGGCAUGGCUGAGCAAGCCAAACCCAGUGCUAUACAACGUGUGGAGCUUCCUGCUAACACUCCAGUCAGGCAUACUUCUCUCGGAACUACUGGUGGAAAUGCGGGCACCCAUAAUUAUGAAAUGGGAAUGGACAGUAGAGCUCGUGAAGAUACGACCAAGGGGAGAAUAUCUUCUGCCAUCUCCAAGGGGCAGGACAACACUCCAAUGAGGCGUCCACCAGUUUCACGGGUUUUGUCAUCCCAGGAGGCUUUAUCAGAUAUGGCUUCUGUCUCAACUGCUGGAAAGAGUUCAAUGAGUUCUGUUCCACUCCAUGAUGGUGGGAAACGGAUUGCCGGAGGGAAUCCUGUGAACCAUUUACCAGCUACUGUAGCAGCUGGUAAUAAGAAAGAUGUUAUGGCAUUUCGGAGGACAUCGUCAUGCAGUGAUGCAUCGGAUGUUUUAGAGACGUCGUUUAUAGAUAUGUUGAAGAGCAACUCCAAAAAGCCUUCAGUACCAGACUCAGACGCGGGUAUGUCAGAGUUGUCAGAUGCUGGUGCAGGUAGAGGUGGAAAGAAGAAAGGCAAGAAAGGAAGGCAAAUUGAUCCUGCUCUCCUUGGUUUUAAGGUGACCAGCAACCGUAUCAUGAUGGGUGAGAUCCAACGUCUUGACGACUAAACCUGUCAUGUAUAUUUUCUCUGCAUCUCUGUAGUGAACGAAUGAAGUGUACAGUUGUUUGAUUUCCUUUGGACUUUUCCAUUGGAAACAUUCCGAGAAAUUCUUUUAUUUGUUUCUUCAUAUGUUGGACCCAAUGGAAAGGUAUUACGCUAAUCCUGGUCAUGUAAAUUCCAAGGGGAAGAAACCCCACCACAGAAUGUAACAUCAAGUUUUUGUAAGUUUUUGUAGGUUUUUCUCUGUAUCGAACGAUAUCAAUAUUUUUACAUACCCAAAUUUUAUCCUCACGUUUGUGUAAUACCUGCAACAAGUCUGUGUAAUACCAGUUCUUUUAUCGAAAUUGUGUUGUACC